AUGACAAAGGGCAGGACGCCCAAGGAAUUUAUUCCUGACUAUGCUGCGAGCAACGUCGGUGCUGAUUUUGAACUCUGGCUCGAGGACAUAAAUGAUUUCCUUUCAAUCAGUGAAGUGACGGCAGCAGCUGACAAGAAACGCUUGUUCUUGAAUCUGGCUGGAUUAGCAGUGAGGCGCAUUGUGAAAGGUCUGGUUGUCACGGUGGAGCAGACACAAGAUGGCUCACCUGGAGAUGAGUACCAAGCCUUGACGGACGCAUUGUUGGCACACUUUCGACCGUCAACAAAUGUCACGUCUGAACGUCACAAAUUCCGCCAACUCCGCCAAAUGGAGGGCGAGUCGGUGACUUCGUUCGUUGGGCGGCUGAGAGAAAAGGCAGAUGUUUGCGAAUUCAGCUCCACUUCUGUGGAUACCAUUGUCAACUGCCAAAUUCGCGACCAGCUGAUCGUGGGCCUGCGUUCUGUUGAGCUUCGAAAGGAGCUGCUGAAACAGUCGAAGCUGACCCUGAACGACGCCGUCACCAAGUCAGUGGCGUUGGAAGCGUCGAUUACUGACAGUAAACUGUACGAUAGUACCAGAGCUAGUGACGCACCGCCUGUGUUCCCCGUGCCCAUCCAGCGUGUGCAAGCUGUCUCUGCAGCUGGUUCUGGAUCAGAGGGAAAGAAGUGCAAAUACUGCGGACGUAGUCACAAACCAGGCAUGCGUAACUGUCCUGCGGCCAACGUCACCUGCAACAAGUGUGGCAAGCGAGGGCAUUUUGCAGCGGUCUGCAUGUCAAACAAAGUGGAAAGACACGAAGAAAGAGCCCGGCUGUCAUGA